AUGACUAAAUCAGGCGAAAAAGGAUUAUGGGUUAUUUCCGGAAGAGUCUUUUAUAAACCUGAUAUUUAUAAGCCAUUUGCAAUAGCGAUUUACUCAGGAAAUUCAAAACCUGCCAGCGUUGACGACUUUAUGAAUGAUUUUAUAGUAGAAAUUAAUAACUUAACACAUCGUGGUGUAACUAUAUCAGAAAAACGGUUUAAUGUUCGAAUUCAUUGUUUUUUGUGCGAUACUCCAGCAAGAGCUUUUUUAAAAUGUACAGAAGGUCAUACAGGAUUCUACUCCUGCGAAAGGUGUGAAGUGCGAGGAUUGAAAUUGAAUAAUGUGACUCAGUUCCCUCUUACAAAUUGUCCUGAAAGAACAGAUGAAUCUUUUAGACGCUGUUCACAACGUCGACAUCAUAAAGGUUUAUCGCCGAUUUUAAAAAUAAAACCUUCCCUCAACAUGAUUUUCAUAUUUGUUCUUGAAUUUAUGCACUUAUUUUGUGAAGGAAUGAUGAAACGACUGUUAAUGUUCUGGUUUAUUGUAGGUGGACGAAAUAACGUAGGUCAGCAGGUGAAAAAAGAAGUCUCAAGACGAAUUCGUAAAUUAAAUGGUCUUUUGCGCAGUGCGAACCGUCCAUUAGCACAAAUUUGCAGAAGACUACACGAAUUAGACAAAAUAGAUCCACCGAAUCCACGCAAAUAA